CGGCGCCUCAAUACGAACGACAAAAGCCCCAGUGACAGGCGGCUUAGCACGCGGGUUUCUAUCUCUGAAAUUUCGACGGUCAGUGCACAAUUCUUCCUCUGCGAAACCAAGAAAAAUCGAAAAAUACCUGAAAAAUGGCCACCGUGGCAAGAACCUCGAAAUACACGUACAGAUCGUCGGGUGGAACCUCUGGUAACGCCGACGUCAGCAUCGAAUAUAGCGCCGAUCUAUCGGCGCUGUCCAGGCUUGAGGACAAAAUCCGCCUUUUACAGGAUGACCUUGAAAUCGAAAGAGAAUUGAGACAAAGGAUUGAGAGAGAGAAGGCAGAUUUGAGCGUACAGGUCAUCCAACUAUCCGAACGCUUGGAAGAAGCUGAAGGAGGUGCAGAAAGCCAGUUUGAAAUCAACAAGAAAAGAGACACCGAACUGUUGAAACUCAGACGACUUCUGGAAGAUGUCCACAUCGAAUCAGAAGAAACCGCUGCUAUCCUCAAGAAGAAACACCAGGAGAUUGUUGUCGACUUCCAAGAGCAAAUCGACACUUUGGCCAAAAGCAAAUCAAGGGCCGAGAAAGAAAAGAGCAAAUUCCAGGCUGAAGUGUACGAACUCCUCUCCCAAGUUGAAUCACUCAACAAAGAACGCCUGAUCAGCGUUAAACAUGCGGAAAAAUUGGAAAUUAGCAUCAGCGAACUUAACGUCAGGAUCGAAGAGCUUAACCGUACCAUUGUGGACAUCACCUCCCACAAGACCAGGCUGUCCCAGGAGAACAUCGAAUUGGUUAAGGAAGUCCAGGACCUGAAGGUCAGUCUCGAGAACUCCACCUACCUGAAGACCCAACUCGCCGGUCAACUCGAGGACGCUCGCCGUCGUGCCGAAGACGACGAGAGAAGACGCUCAGUCCUCGAAUCUCAACUCCACCAGGUCGAGGUCGAAUUGGAGUCCAUCCGCGUCCAGCUCGAAGAAGAGAGCGAAGCCCGUCUGGACCUCGAGAGGCAGCUGGUGAAGUCUCAGGGAGAUGUCCAAGUCUACAGGAGCAAGUACGAGGCCGAAGCCGCCGCUAGAGCCGAAGAGGUUGAGGAAUUGAGGAGGAAAUACAACGUCAGGAUCUCCGAGCAAGAGGAACACAUUGAAUCGCUCUUGGUCAAGGUCAACAACUUGGAGAAGCAGAAGUCACGCCUGCAAUCCGAAGUCGAGGUCCUCAUCAUUGACUUGGAGAAGGCCAACGGAACAGCCAGGGAGCUCCAGAAGAGGGUUGAACAACUAGAGAGGAUCAACAUCGAGACCAAGACCAGGCUGGAAGAAACCAUCCAACUGUACGAAUCCACCCAGAGGGACCUGCGCAACAAGCAGCAAGAACUCCAGCGUACCGUGCACGAGCUCGAGAAGACCAGGGAACACAAGGACGCCCUCGCCAGGGAAAACAAGAAAUUGGCUGAUGAUCUUUCUGAUGCCAAGAACACCAUCAGCGAGUACAACCGUCGUCUGCAUGAGUUGGAAUUGGAACUUCGUCGUCUUGAGAACGAACGCGAUGAACUUACAGCUGCUUACAAAGAAGCCGAAGCUGGACGUAGAGCCGAGGAACAGCGUGCUCAGCGUUUGUCCGCCGAAUUGGCUCAAUUCCGUCACGAAGCCGAAAAACGCCUACAAGAGAAAGAUGAAGAAAUUGAGGCUAUCCGCAAGGCCACCUCCAUCGAAAUCGAGCAGCUCAACGCCCGCGUUGUCGAGGCCGAGACCAGGCUCAAGACCGAAGUUACCCGCAUCAAGAAGAAGCUCCAGAUCCAGAUCACCGAAUUGGAGAUGUCCCUCGACACCGCCAACAAGACCAACAUCGACCUCCAGAAGACCAUCAAGAAGCAAUCCCUCCAACUCACCGAGAUCCAGGCCCACUACGACGAGCUCCAGAGGCAGCUCCAGGUCACCCUCGACCAACUCAGCGUGUCCCAGAGGAGGGUACAGGCUCUCACCGUUGAAGCUGAGGAAAUCAGAGGCAACUACGAAAGCGCCUUACGUGGCAAGAGACAGGCUGAACAGCAAGCUGAGGAGUAUUCUUCCAGAAUCAAUGAACUCACCACCAUCAACGUCAACUUGGCUUCCUCUAAGAGCAAGAUAGAACAGGAAUUGUCUAGCAUCGUGUCUGAUUACGAAGAAAUCACCAAGGAACUCAGGAUUUCGGACGAACGCUACCAACGUGUCCAGGUUGAACUCAAACACACCGUCGAAAUUCUUCACGAAGAACAAGAACGCGUGGUCAAGAUCGAGGCCAUCAAGAAGUCCCUCGAGAUCGAAGUCAAGAACUUGAGCGUCCGCCUGGAGGAAGUCGAGGCCAACGCCAUCGUCGGAGGCAAGCGCAUCAUCAGCAAGCUGGAAGCCAGACUCCGCGACCUGGAAGCCGAAUUGGACGAGGAGAAGAGACGUCACGCCGAGACCAUCAAGAUCUUGAGGAAGAAAGAGCGCAGCGUCAAGGAGAUCAUGAUCCAGUGCGAGGAGGACCAGAAGAACAUCGCCAUCCUUCAGGAGACUUUGGAAAAGGCAAACCAGAAGGUCAACAUCUACAAGAGGCAACUUCAAGAACAGGAGGGAGUAUCGCAACAGAACGUGACCCGCGUGCGCCGCUUCCAGAGGGAGCUCGAAGCUGCGGAAGACCGUGCAGAAACGGCCGAAAGCAGCCUUUCCCUCAUCCGCACCAAGCACCGCUCCUUCGUCACCACCAGCUCGGUUCCCGGAUCCCAAGUCUACCUUGUCCAGGAGACGAGAACCACCGAAAUGUAAACGUAUUACUGCCUUCUUUAUCACUCAUCAAAAAAAUCAACAGUGCCGUUCGAUCAAAACACAGAAAACCUUGCUAUAACACGCAGCGAACGGAAGAUUUGAAUUAUUAUACGUAUUAUUUCCUUUUUUUAAGUUUAUUUUUGUGCACAUAAUAUAUCCAGAAUAAAGUAAUAUCCAUCUAUUAGAUCUAUAUACGUGUUAGAUGAAAUCAACUCACGACAAUAUACCUUGAUAAAAACGGCAUUAAGAAACGUACAUAUUUCACGACAACACGAAGCCAAUCGACAUAUAGCAAUUUAUGAUGCUUUUAAUUUAACGAAUAGGAAGGAAAUUUGUAGGUUUCGGAAAUGUUCAGUUCUGCAGAGGGUUUUAGAAAAUAUUUUUAUGACAAUGUAAUGUAAUGUAAGUGAAUGUACUGUAUAAGAAUAAAUUGCUUGUAUACA